GGGAUAAGCCAGUUAAAAACAUACACAUUUUCCAGCUUCUAAUAAACCCAGUUUUCCUGAUUUAUUUUUUACUUGGGGGGGCAGGAUUAAAUGUGUAUAUUGACGUGUGGGAGAGGAGGGGGUCGUCUCUGGGGGAGAGAGUUGCAGGACAUUAAAACAAGACACUUUAAAAAGCCUUUUCUCAGCUUCAUAGUAAACCAAAUUUCCCUGGCCUAGGAAGGGAGAGGAAAGGGGGUCAGGGACAGGAAAACAGGACUAGAACUGCAUAUUGAAAUGUGGGAACUGCUAAGUAGUUAUAGCAAAUAUUAAUUAAUAGAAAGGGAGGAAAGAAGCAAUCACAGGCAAAAAGCGAGCUGUGUGAUGACAUUAAGCAUCUUCAGAUAACCCUAUUUUAGCGGGUUAGUUAUAUUUUGGGAGCUUAUUCUUAAUUUCUGGGGGAGUCAGAUUUUUAAUUUUUUAAUAUUUAAAAAGAAUGUAGGAAGACACAGCUGUGCAGCGUGGGGAAGAGCCUUAAAGUUGAACAGCUGUGUGGCAAGCCAGUUUUCUGAAAAUUUAACACCCAGUUUCUAAAUCUCCUGCUUUUGGAGAGGGAUCUGUUCUUUGGGGUAAAGUAGUAUUACGAGAAGAGUGUGUGUGUGUGUGGGGGGGGUGAAGACAAGCACUAGAAGUAACCAUCACAAUUAAAAAUAAAGAAGAAAGUACAGGUUGAAUUUUCAAGUAUUUUGCAGAUUCUAAUGACUUUUUCUUGGUUAUUGUGGUAGAGUCUCUAACUUAAAUUUCCCAGAAAUUUAGUUAGUUAUAAUAAAAUUAGAACAAAAUAAAUUGGGAGCAGAGGAAAGUAGACAAAACCUCCUUUUUAAAAAGAGAUCCACCCUGUAUUUGCAAAAGUGGCAAAGGAGCUACUAAUAAUAAGGAAACAGAGUAGCGUCAAAGCUUUAGAAGAAAUAUGUUUUUAAAAGAAAUGACCUAGAGGGUGCAGGGUAGAUUUUUUUUUUUUGGAUCUUCCCUUCCUCUCCUUCCUUUUCUCGGUGGGGUGAGGUAGAUGGAGAGAUUUUUGGCAUUGGAGUUAUUAGGAAAAUUCUUUAGGCAAGUCUGCCUUUUUUAAUAUCACAUCUGAUGAUCUAACUUUAGAAGUUAGGCUUCCCUGACACGAGAGCCAUAUUGUAAAAUCAUUCACAAAGAGUUUAAGCUGUUCUGUUGGGUUUUUUGUUUAUUUAAAAAGUAAAGUAAAAGGGAGGAAUAGAAGACUCUUUAAAAAUUCUUGUUCAGCCCCGUGUUCGAAUCAGUGCAGUAGAGCGGAUAUAAACAAGACAAGAAGAGCUUCAAAUUAAGGGUUGCAGUGCUGAGAACAGCCCCCCAAUCCUCUGGAAUUGGGUGGCACGUGGCGGGAUCGGCCAUCGUGCAGGAUGGACACCUUGAAACGGAGUCGAGCGCAAGCCUGGCCGGAGGAGACGGGGGACAGGGAGCAUGGACUCUAUAGUUUGCACCGCAUGUUUGACAUUGUGGGCACUCACCUGACCCACCGGGACGUACGUGUGUUGUCCUUUCUCUUUGUGGAUGUGAUUGAUGACUAUGAGAGGGGGAUGAUCCGCAGCGGCCGGGACUUCCUGCUGGCACUAGAAAGGCAGGGCCGCUGUGAUGAGACCAACUUCCGCCAGGUGCUGCAGCUGCUGAGGAUUAUCACGCGCCAUGACCUGUUGCCCUAUGUCACGCUGAAGAGGAGAAGGGCUGUGCCUCCCCAUCACCCUGUGGUAUGCCGCUCCUCCGCUGGACCUCCGAUCUGUACCAAGAGGCCUGGCCGUGGGAGAGCCCUCCUCAGUAGCCAGCAUAAGAGGAGGAAGUCAAUGACUCCGGAUCCUAAAGAGAAACAGACUUGUGACAUCCGCCUGCGAGUCCGAGCCGAGUACUGCCAGCACGAGACAGCGCUCCAGGGCAACGUCUUCUCCAACAAGCAGGAUCCCCUGGAGCGGCAAUUCGAGCGCUUCAACCAGGCCAACACCAUCUUAAAAUCCCGGGACUUGGGCUCUAUCAUCUGUGACAUAAAAUUCUCAGAGCUCACCUACCUCGAUGCCUUCUGGCGCGACUACAUAAACGGCUCGUUGCUGGAGGCCCUCAAGGGCGUCUUCAUCACGGACUCGCUCAAGCAAGCCGUGGGCCAUGAGGCCAUCAAGCUGCUGGUCAACGUGGAUGAGGAGGAUUAUGAGGUUGGGCGCCAGAAACUCCUGCGGAACUUGAUGCUGCACACGGCCCCUUGACCCUCCCCCGGGCUUGGCCUUGGCUGCUCUGUGGGAGCCAAUCGUUUCGUUUUUUUUAAAAAGGAAAAAUCAUUUAAAAACCCACCGACCCCCCAGCAAACUCCUGCCAAGCGCUGUGUGACUGUAGGACCUGCCUGAGCGGCAGGAGUUAGCCAGCUCUCUGGUGGCCCCAGCCCGGCCAAGAGCCCAUGAUACCUGGGGCAACCCAGAGAGCAACUCCCCCUCUGCUCCGGGAGCCUGGCCGGAGGACGCCGAACCGCCCAGCGGUAGGAAGGGAGAGCUGCCGGCAGGAGCGCUGGGUGCUCACGCGUUCUGUCCUGUCCCCCCUCUGCCCCGGGUUCUCUUGUGCUGGUUUUUCUUUUAUACAGUCUUCUUUUUAAAAAAAAAAGGCAAAACUGUCUUGUGGGGCCGGGGCCCCGUGCGUGUGGGGGACGCAGAGCGCAGAUGGGCCGGCGACCUGAGGCUCUUGAUUAUUCACUUUAAUAAAAAUGAGCGAGCGCAGCGCGAGCUGUGUGCGUGUGGAAUGAACAGCCUGUGGGGGUUGGGGCCUGUGGCAUUAGCCUUCCAUUGAUGGGAGCCCGUUUCCACCAGUCCACUUAGCACUCAGCGGGCGAUCUUGCCGGGUGUGCCCUUAGCCGGUUUGGGGGUCUUUCCAGCGUGGGAUGCCGGGAGGGAGGCAGAGCUAAGGUGACUGCUGGCGUGGCCCUGUGGCAUCAUCUGCUCGGGCUUGUUUCAGGAGUAACAGCUGCACCAACGGAGCUCGUGCUGAGCUAACGGGGGGGUCAGUGUUCCCUUCUCCCAGCUCCCAGGCCUUUGUUAUCCCCUUCCCAACAAUCCCUGCCCGGCCUCUGACCCCAGAGAGGAAACCUGAGCAAGGGGCGUCCUGCCCUGCUGCUGUCUGAUGCAUAGAGCUGGUCCAGCCACAGCUGCUCUCCCCCCAGAGCUGAGAGAUGCUUGCAGGCCCAACAGGAGAGUUCUGCACAGGGAGAUGUGCAUCCCCACUCCCUUUGCGUGCAGGGUGGGGGUGCAGGUGGGCAGGGCUGGGCUUUUGGGAUGUUCUGGGGCAGUGUCACAGCAGCAGGGUCUGGGGUGGGGAGCGCCCAACACUGUCCCAUGUCACAGACAAUGCUCCAAUGUCUCCCUCUUGCUACUACCAGGUCAGGCUCAGUGGCGGUGCGGUGGGGUUGGCUGCGGGACG